GGUUACAGGGAAGAUGGCGGCGCCCAUGGGCAGCAUUGUGUGGAGGAGGCUCCGGCCGCUGAUCGGUAUAGGCCGCAGUCUCCGGGUGUUGGGGGCGGGCUCCGGGCAGCAGGAGCGGGGACCGGGCAGGCGGGGAGCGGUGCUGGGGGUCGGGGCGGUGGUUGGAGCCGGGCUGGGGAUUUGGGGUCUCCGGGAUCAGGUGGAAGCGGCCAAACCCGAGCCCCCGGCACCCGAGCCCCAAACUCCCCGGCGUGUGUUCAACUUCAUCGCCGAUGUGGCGGAGAAGACAGCCCCGGCCGUGGUCAACAUCGAGAUCCUGGGCAGGCACCCUUUCACCGGACGUCAGACGGUGAUCUCUAGUGGUUCCGGAUUCCUGGUGUCUCCCGACGGCCUGAUUGUCACCAAUGCGCACGUUGUGGCCAAUAAGAAGAAUGUGCGGGUGAAGCUGUAUAAUGGCGAUGUGUAUGAAGCCGCUGUGACAGAUAUGGAUCCUGUACAGGACAUCGCCACCGUCAGGAUUACUACCAAGGCCUCUCUCCCCACCCUGCCGCUGGGCCGCUCCUCAGAGGUCAGACAGGGCGAGUUUGUUGUUGCUGUGGGGACGCCAUACUUGUUGCGGAAUACCAUCACCUCCGGGAUCGUCAGCUCUGUGCACAGAGGCAGCGAAGAGCUGGGCCUAUCACACAAAGACAUGGACUUUAUCCAGACCGACGCCAUCAUAGAUGUUGGUAAUUCUGGAGGUCCGCUGGUAAAUCUGGAUGGGGAAGUGAUUGGCAUUAACACUCUCAAGGUCACACCUGGCAUCUCCUUUGCGAUUCCGUCAGACAGAGUGCGGGAUUUCCUGCAGCAGGCAAAGACAAAGAGUCACAGCUCCUGGUUUGGUCACUCGGAAGUGAAGCAUCGGUACAUCGGGAUAAUGAUGCUGACACUGACUCCCAGGAUUCUGGCUGAUCUGAAACUACGGGAUCCUGGAUUUCCUGAUGUGUCCCACGGGAUACUCAUCCACAGAGUGAUCAUUGGGUCCCCUGCACAUCUAGCCGGGCUGAAGGCUGGAGACGUGAUUCUGGAGAUUAACGAGCGGAAGGCCGUCACAGCGGAGGACGUGUACGAUGCCGUCAGCACUCAGCCAAAACUCGCCAUGACCGUCCGGCGCGGGUAUGAGACUCUGAUGGUGAAUGUUAUCCCGGAGGCUGUGGAGUGAUUUCCCGCUGCUGGGGAUUAUUGGGUGUAUAUUGCAGCGCUCCUGUGUAUGUGUCCGUGCCGGGCUCCUGUACUCGCCCCAGACGGGACUAUUGUAUGACGGCUGGAUACAUACGGGGGGUACGGAGAAGACCCUGUCCCGGUGCAGCAGGAGGAGAAGACGCCAUCUGUGUAUGUUAUCUGCAAGUGUCAGAACCACAAAUACACUCUCCAUAUUGUCACACA